AUGGAUUAUAGCAAAUAUUCAAGUAAAAUCUCGGCGGAGAAGGCACAAAAAUGGGUAGAGUCGGAAGAAAACGGUAAAGCGCAGGAGAAUCUCCCAGAUUUGAUCCAUCAAAUCUCAAAACUGCUGGAUACCGGACUCGAUCGCGAAUUUCUCAACCUUUUGGUCAAGCUCUGCAAGCAAGGUGUGAACCCUAACGCCCUGGUUCACAUCCUGAGGAGGCUGAUGCACAAGCGCCACGCAUUUCUCUCAAACAGCGAAGGAUGA